CAGAGCCUCGGGCCCGCCCGCGCCACCUGAGGAUCCCGGAAGCCGACCCCGCCAUGGAAGAGGACCAGGAGCUGGAGAGGAAAGCGAUAGAAGAGCUGCUGAAAGAGGCAAAACGUGGGAAAACAAGAGCAGAAACAAUGGGACCAAUGGGCUGGAUGAAGUGUCCUCUUGCCGGGACAAAUAAAAGAUUUCUAAUUAACACAAUUAAGAACACACUGCCCUCCCACAAAGAGCAAGACCACGAACAAAAAGAGGGCAGCAAGGAACCGGCGAAAAGCCAGAGCCAGAAGGAGGAAGGGCGCCAGAAGCACCGGUCUCACCCGUACAAGCACAGCGUCCACGCCCGGCGCUCACCGCCCGGGAAGCGGGGGAAGCGGGGUAGCCAUGAGAAGUCGCAGACACGGUCCAGCAAGCGGUGAGGUGGGGGCCCGGGGCCCAGCGAGACCCUCCCAGUGCCCAGGCCUGGGGUGGUGCGGAGACACCAGGACGGGUUUACAGCAGGGCCUCCGUCCUGAUGGCGGACAGUCACCCGAGGCUCCACGAAGGAGCACAGCGACAUCCCGGCAGGUUUAAGCGGCUUCGGCAGUGUAAUAUACAUUCGUCUGGGUUUUCUUCUGUCUUGUUUGGAAGUUGGUUUCAAAAUAAAUCUAGAACUUACAAGUUUUCAGAGAUUAUUAAAAUUAGUUCCAGUUUUUGUUUUUGUUUUUUGAUGUGCUGCACUUGUGGUCUUUUCUCAGAAUUUCUAAAAACAGAAAGAUACUUGUCAAUCCUAUACUUUUGGGGGGUGAUGAUUUUAGAAACCUGGCCAGUGAUCAUAUUUAUGAAAAGCUGUAGCCCUUAUUUAGCCAGAAAUUCUUGAGAGCUCUGUACCAGUUGACCUUUAAAUGAACAACGUAGGAAAAUCUCAAAAUCCUCUUGAAUUUAGCACCGCCCCCCAUCAAUAACCAGGGGUUAAAAAACUGUCUCUCUUCUUUCCUUGUGCAUUCUCAAACUCAUUCCUGAGAUAGAACAAUUUUUCUGUAUUUCAUUUUGGGGGGAAUAUGUACGUUUUAAGUGGUGCUUUUAAAAGAACCUUCAAAAGUUAAAAUUACUAUUAUUUUCAUGCUAUGUCUUAUUUAGCUAAAGACCUAUGAUGCCAUUCUUAGGUGUUGUACAGUUGUUUCAGAAAUCUGAAUUUUAAAUAAAAGUGUGUUUACAAUGCC